GUGAGCGUCGCGGGAAUUUUUUCAUCUCUUCAUCGUAAGGCGUCACCUACUUAAACGGCCGAUGGUCUCUCAGCCCUAGUCAGUGCCAAACUGCAGGCAGUUCGUGGUACAACAUUCAGACUCUUUUCCCAGUGAGGCAGGGACGUAACCAAGUGCUGUGCUAUUCAACCGUUGACCACCAAGCCAGCCGAACUGUGUCAAAAUGUCUGCCAUUAACGUGCUGAUUAAGGCAACGCUAUUGGUGACGACAUUUCUUUCACUUGCAACGGCCACCCCUCGACGAAAGCCUAUUGAUAAAAUUCCGAUUUCAAGAGAUGAAUGGGCAUCCUUAAAUCCUUACGGUUCGGAUCCGGAUGCUUAUCCAGCUGCAGAAAGAGCUAACAUUCAGAAAAUACAAGAACAGUGGGAACGCUUUUUUGAUUACUUACCAUGGCUGAAAGGUCCUCCUGGACCACCUGGCCCUCCCGGUCCACCAGGAUCUUCUUUCGGCAUAGAAGUUGGACGAGAUGGAGAGUACGCUGAAGAAGGACGAUAUGGAGGUGGUGGACAUGGUGGAGGUGGAUACCGAGGAGGAGGAGGAGGAGGCUAUGGUGGUGGGGGCUACGAGAAGCCGAAGUAUCUUCCCGGGCCACCCGGCCCUCCAGGUCCACCUGGUCCAGCGGGCUAUAAAGGUGACACAGGUGCUCCAGGCUAUCCUGGUGCUAUUGGUGCACCUGGAUACCCAGGUAAAAACGGAUCUCCCGGCCCGAGGGGACUAGCGGGCGAAAGAGGACUACCUGGCUACGAUGGAAUUCCUGGAAAACAAGGCAUUCCUGGAGAAAGAGGUUACCCAGGUAAAGCUGGACCACCUGGAUUGAUUGGACCUCCUGGUUAUAACGGAAAGGAUGGCUUGCCCGGAGGGCCAGGACCGGUUGGAGCCAAAGGAGAUAUUGGAUACCCAGGUCGUCCUGGUAAAGAAGGACGUCCGGGCUCUGUGGGUCCUGCUGGGUAUCCCGGUAAAGAUGGCUUUCCAGGAUUGCCUGGCGGGCCUGGUCCAAAAGGAUCGUUAGGGCCAGUAGGUCCCGUUGGUCCAGCUGGUUAUCCUGGCAAAGAUGGACUUCCAGGUUACCCCGGGAAAGCCGGGCCAAAAGGAGAUGCAGGAUACAAUGGACUGCCAGGUACUCCCGGAAAAGACGGAUAUCCCGGAGCACCGAGCAAAGUUCCUGGACCGAGAGGACCUAAAGGAGAUCCUGGAUACAAUGGAACACCAGGAAAAGACGGGUUCCCCGGUCCCGUAGGACCAGUUGGUCCUGUUGGACCUCCUGGCUACACGGGAGCACCGGGAUUUCCUGGAAAACCAGGUAAAGAGGGCCCACCAGGUCCAACUGGCACUCCAGGUUAUCCUGGAGAACCUGGUCCAGUCGGUCCACAAGGUAAAUCAGGUCCACCGGGUUUCAAUGGGACGCCAGGACGUCAAGGCCCAAUAGGACCUAUCGGACCUUCGGGGCCGGCAGGCACUCAAGGAAAACCAGGACCACCGGGUUACCCAGGUGUUCCAGGUCCAGAGGGACAAAUUGGACCACGUGGUAAGCCAGGUGUCGAUGGAUAUCCAGGACCGCCCGGACCUUCAUAUUCCGCACCUACCUACGAGAAACCUUCGUACAGCCCACCGAGUUACAGUGGAGGAGGAUCAGGAUAUUCUUCGCAAAAUUACAGAUUGCAAUCGAAAGAAUCGAAAAUUACGGAUCUUCCCGAUGUCAAAUCGGGCAGCACAGCAACAGCUGUCGAUUUAGGUUUCCUAUCUCCAGCAUUGCCCAGCAGCUAUUGGAAUUGAACGACGGACAUAAGUAAAUGGCCCUGCGUUCCGCAUUUUAUGAACCCA